AUGAACAUAGACACAACCAUACUAAACGCCAUAAAAUUAUGCGUAAACCCCCAAAAUCAACAAGAAAUCGACCAAGGCCAAUCCAUAUUAGAAUAAGCAGUCAAAGAGCCCCAAUAUCUCCAAAAACUAAUGAUGAUUGGGGACAACAAUCAACUAGAAAUUGAUCAUCGUCAAUUUGCCAUUGCCAACAUAAAAACCACCAUAAACAAAUACUGGAAAAGGCCUAAAACCUCCGAACAAAAGGCUCCUCUUUAAUUUUUUUUUUCCGAAGAAGAUAAAAAUAUAGUCCGCGAAAACCUCCUUGACGCACAAAUACGAUCAUCACAAAACCCUAAAUUAAUUAAAAUAUACACUAAAAUAAUCUACGAUGUUUGCAAGUAUGACUAUCCCGAACACUGGCCUUCAUUAGUUGACUAGACCCUCACUAAAUUAUCCAUAAGUACAACCGAAAAUGAUAUUUACGGCUGUCUAAUGACUCUAUAGUAAGUUUUCAACACUCUCCAAUUCGAAACAAGUGAAAAAAGGAAAAUUUUAGAUAUUAUAAUACCCCAAGUAUUCUUUAUUUACCAAGUUUUAAUAGCCAAAUUAAUGCAAGUCUACUCCCCGGAGAAUGCAUAUCUCCUAAAACCUAUUCUUAAAUCCUUUUAUAUGUGUAUAAGUUUAGACCUUCCCACUUGUAUAUACUAACCUUUCGAAUUAUUAGGCUAAUGGUUGAAUUUUUUUAAGCUUCUAAUAGAUUCCGAAGUGCCUUAAAACCUCCAAGAAUACACUAAAGAUGAUGAAAUAAUCCAAUAAAGGGACAAACAUCCUCUUUGGAAAAACAAAAAAUGGGCCAGCCGUAUAAUAGUCAAAAUCGAACUAAGAUAUGCGAUUAAUAAUAUUCUCAUAGAAAAAGAAAUAUAAGCCUUAGUAAUAUAUUUAAAAGACAACUUUUUGCCUAUAUUUCUCGAUUCAUUCCUAAACUAUCUCUUUAUUUCCCAAAAAUAAUUCGUAGGAACUUCAUGUCUCCAUUUUGCAAUGAAAUACAUCAUUAAAUGUACCAAAAAUGAGCUUCUUUUUGCUAAAAUAAGGCCUCAUAUAUCCAAUAUAAUAUACAACAGUAUAUUUCCUUUACUUCUCCUUUCUUAAAAGGACAUUUCUCUUUUCCAAAAUGACCCCCAUGAAUUUAUUAGAUAAGAGGACGAUUUUCUUGGUUGCACUACUUUUCGCAAUAAUAAAGUCGUAGCUGCUGAUUUCUUGAUAUCUUUGUUAUAAAAUGAAUUCUUAGAUUAUAGAACUUUCGAGGAAUUCUUCCUUUAUUGUACAUAAUAUAUCGAAACAGGAUAAAACCCAAAAAACACAUCGUAAAACAUAACUUUAGAAGUAAAAGAUGGAAUUUAUUUCGCUUUAAUAUACUUAAAUGAGGUUGUUCUUACCAAGCCAAAUACGAAAAAUUAAAUUGAAGCAUUCUUUUAGAAAAAUAUUAUACCAGAAUUACUAAACGUAAAUACUCAUGGAAUUAUAAAAGCAAGAUGUUGCUAAAUAUUAGGAAAAUACGGAAAUAUAGAAUAUAAAAAUAACUAAAAUAUCAUUAAUGCAGUCAUGGGAAUCACUCAAAGUAUGAAAGACUCAAAUUUAUAAGUACUAUAAAUAUACCUUAAAGUAAUCGAAGAAAUAGACAGUGAAGAUCUUGUAUCUUCAUUAGAGGGUAUAGUAGAAUAAUACCAAGAUUCAAUAGGUCCUUUUGCAUAUGAUCUUUGCAAUAAUCUAUUAAUCCUGCCUAUUAUUAAUAGUUGUCUUUCUGAUGAUUAUUGUGAUUUUUUAGAUGAAGCAUUAAAUUUAUUAUAGUUAUUAUCUUUUAAAAAUAAUGUUAUUUCUUAAAAUUCUUAAUUGUGGUUUUAUUAUCCUAUUUUAAUUUAUAUGUUAAUCGGUAAAGAUAAUGUAGAUCUUAAACAAUUUGAAGGCAAAAUUUCUUAAGCAUAAUUGAAUUUACUUUAAAAUUCUAUAUCUGGAUGGGGUGAAGAAUACUUAUGUGAUAUUCUAAGUAUUUUAAAGAAUUUCAUAUAAAAAGGAGGUGAAUAUUUUCUUUCUGCCGUUGAUUUUUUCAAUACAAGCUUUAUAGAUUUAAUGUUUGAGUUAAUAAAAUAAAUAUAUAUAAAAUUAACUGAAAAUGAAGAUGAAUAAAACGACGAAGAUAUACUUGAUGAAACAAAGAAUAUAGUUUCUUUAUUAUAUUGUCUUGUAGAAAACCAUGUAGCUGAUUAAAAAAUAUCUGGAAAUAUAUUCAAAUAAAUAAUAUAAGUAACUAUAUAAAAUUUAAAUAUAAAUAAACUACCUAUUGAAAUACAAGUAGCAAAUCUAGACACAUUAUCAUUAUGCUUUUUUUAUAAUGUAUAAGAAACAAUAAUAGUAUUAAAUACAUUUGGAAAUAAUAUAAUAAAUCAAUUAUUUUAAAAAAUCUUUUCUUUAUUAAAAUAUUUCAAAACAGAAUUUAAUAAAUAAAGAUUAUUGCUUGCUUUUUCUUCUAUACUUGGACAUUGUUAAGAUUUACCUGAAUUGAAUUCUUUAGGAGAUAUAUUGAUUAAAGAAUGUGUAAAUUUAAGUACUAAAAUAAUAGAAAUUAGAUAUGAAAAUGAGUUUGAAAGUGAUGAUGAAGAUGAAGAUAAAAUUAAUAAUAAUAAUAAUAAUAAUAAUAAUAAUAAUAAUAAUAAUAAUAAUAAUACGAAUUUAUUAAAAUAAAAAUAAAAUAGAAAUGAAAUAAAUGUAAAUGAAUAGGAUAGUUAAGAAGAAGAAAACGAUGAUAUAGAUUUUGAUUUUUAAGAUAGAUAUUAAUAUAAUGAAAAUUAUAAUUGUCCUUUAGAUUAAUUUGAUGAAAUUUUAUAUUUAGAAUAAUAAAUGAUUAAAAUUUCUAAAUAAAAUCCUUAAUUUUAUGCUUAUUUAUCAAAUGCCCUAAACGAAUAAGAAAAAAUACAAUUAUAAUAAAAUAUUUAAUAAGCUAAAAUAGAUUAAGAAGAGUUCAAUAAAUGCAAAUCAUGA